UUAUUACCAGUUUUGUUUAAACGUCCAUUUGAUGGCAAACUGUUAAGACGUAUUUACAAACAACAAUUUUAAAUUUAUCUAAAAUAUACCGUUAUAUCAAUAUGUGGAGAUUUAUUUUAAUAUCAACAUGUGUUUUGUGGGGAGUUAUGAAUUCAGAAGCUGCUUCUAGAAACAUGAAAAAACGUGGAGUUGGUUCUUAUGCCGGUAGCUAUUCCAACUCGAACGGCGAGAAUAAUGGCUAUGUAGGUAAUUACAAUGACUACGAUGAUUUCAAUUAUGCUCCAGAUUUUGGAUUCAAUUUCUUGGAUCCUUAUGCUUUCCAUCAACAAUUGACAGCACAAAUUUUGGCUCAACAAGCUGCUACUCAAAAUGCUAUUGCCUCGACUAUAUCUAUGGGUGAUGCAACGGUGAUGGCAGAUGCUUCUAAUAUGCCUAAUGAUAUACCAGAUUAUGAUGAUCAAAUUCGUCGCCAACAAGCUGCUUUCUUCGAUAAUAUUAGACAUCAAAAUCAAUACAGCUAUAAGGGCGGCAAGGGUAAUCGUUAUGCUCCCAACUAUUCGGCAGCUGCCGCAUCUAUAGGACCCGGCGGUGGUUAUCAAACAGCUUUCAUUAGCCCUGAAAAUCCUGCUAUUCCCAACGUUAUCAAUCGUUUCGGUUCGACCAGUCCCGGUGGCUACAAGGGUGUCUCUGUUAGUUCUUACAGCUCCAGUUCAGACAUUAAUGGCAAAAAGACCAGUAAUCGUGGUUCACAAACGACAAUCAACGACAAUGGCCGCAUCACCACCUACAAGGUUAAUUCUUAAGUUGUGAGAUCACGACUAAAUUGUUUUAAUAAGUUCUACAUUUUUUUUACUUAUUUAUACUCGUAUAAAUUAUUUUAUUUAAUUAUUUGACGAAAUUUCUUAUUUAAUACUUUUUUAAUUUAAUUUAAAUUAUAUUCUUAU